AUGUUUUCAUUUGUAUGUCUCAGGUCAACCAUCAAUGGCAAAAAUCAGGCAGCAGAAGUAAGGACUUCAUCGCUUCCUGUUACACAGUUGCUUGGUAAGAGGUCAGACAAGAAGGCUUGUAUUGCAAAAAGAAUAAAUUCUGUGGCUCCAACAUCAAAUCAAGUUCACAAUAUGACAAUUACAGAAGGUUCUGUUUAUGUUGCUGGUAAAGGGGGUAAGCCUGAUUCAUCAGGACAUUCAUCCAAACACCACUGUGGGCAUCAGAGCAAAUUACAAAAUGAGAAAAUUUGCUCAAUAAGGCUAGGUGCAACCAACGAUCUGGAAAGCAAGAAUGAGAAUAUGGAUAUCACCAAGAACAAUGCAAGGACAGAGGUCAAACAUAAGCAUACCGGUUCAAGAUCUGGAAAAUUGAUUAUACCUACAAAGAAGUCCAAGUUUGCCCCCAAAGAAGGCAGUGGAGAUUGCACACAUCGGCAAGUUAAGACGAGGAGAGAUUUGUUGGCCAGGAUGACAAGUGUUUGCAAAGAUAGUGAUAUUAUGGAUAUAACUUCAAACACAAAUCACCUAACAAAUUUGGGGACUCUUUCUGAUAAAGAGAAAAGCAAGCCAAGCCAAUUUUUGACUGAGAAAAGUUCAUCUGAUUGUGAUCCUCUUACUCAGCCUAUGGUCCCAGAUAACAGUGGAUCUGCAGAGCUUACUGGAAAAAUGGAUGAUGAUUAUGAAGAACUUAUAAGAGCCAUUGAGGAUGCUAAUAAUGCAAGAAGUCUAGCAUGCUCAACUCCAUUUUGGAAGGAAAUGGAGCCUUACUUCAGGAUUGUUACACAAGAUGAUCUUGAUGACCUGAAGAAGCAAGUCAAAUUUGCUUGUAAUGAAAUACAAGGACACCCAAGUCAAAACUUUUCAAGCCACAGGAAAUCCUUAUCAAUUGCAAAUGUUGAAGAUAAUGAUUUAAGUUCUUUCAAAAAUGAAGGGGAUAUGCAGGCUACAAGAUUAUCACCUGAAAUAGAAGGCAUGUGGCUUGAGAAGACAAUGCCAUUAUCAGAAAGGCUUCUUUCUGCUCUAAUAGUUGUGGAUGAAAACGAGCAAGGAACAAUGAUAGGCAAUGACAAUGGGCAUAAGAAUUUUAAUCACACAAGUGAAGUGUCAACCCAUAAAAAUCAUUGUGAGAAUUACAGCGUGGAUAAAACUUUCAGUAGAGUGGAACAAGAGAUGGCAGGACUACUACAAAUAGAUAAUAGUGAGAGGCUAAACAGUUCCAAUGAAUCCACUUCUUUAAAUGGAUAUAUAAAUUAUCCAUCUGGAGUUUAUAUCCACAGUGAUAAAAGUGGAGUAGAAUGUGAUAUUUUAGAAGGCUCAGACAUUGACAUUUCCAAGGCAGACUCAGGAAAUUUGAAGGAGAGGCACAUAGUAGGAUGGCAGAGAUAUCUAUUUGGAUUGCAAUCUGGCCACCAAACUAAUCGUCUGCCCUCUGGAAUUGCUACCCAUGAGAUUGAGUAUCAACAAAUGUCGCUGGAUGACAAGAUUAUGCUGGAACUUAACAGCAUUGGACUGUUUCCAGAAUCUGUGCCUGAUCUAGAUUCCGAAGAUGGCGGCGAAAUAGAAGAGGAACUUGAAAAACUCAAAAAAGAACUUCAAGAACAGGUUUGCAAAACAGAAGGUCAAAUAACUCAUCUAGAACAGGCUGUUUCUGAGAGCUGGAAGUUGGAAGAAAGGGAACGUGAACGCAUUGCUAUGAACAAGCUUGUAUUGAGAGCAUCUAAACGAUAUCUAGGACCAAGAGGCAGAGGCUUUCGUAGGAGGAGUACAAAAAUGAAGGUUGAACAGCAGGCUAACUUGGAUUUUGUUAAGCGGACACUGCAUAGGUGUAAAACCUUUGAUGAAACAGGCAGAAGCUGCUUUAAUGAAGAUCCGUUGAAGCAGAAAUUUUUCAGAGAAGUUUCUAAAGAGACCACCAGAAAAUCUUUAGAAAAUGCAAUUGACGGUAAAAGUCUUCUUGAAGGGGAAAAGGAAAAGAGCUUUGAGAACAAAAAGAUGAGAACAGGGAUGAAUGAUGUUAAGGAUGGUCUCCAAGGUUUUGGCAGUGUCAAAGGAAGGACAAAAGGUAAAACCAAACCAAACGGGAGAGUUGCCCAGUUGUGGAUGGAGUCUAAUCGGCUUCUGGGUAAGUCUGGAGAGUUGAGUAAAUCCGCAACAACAUUGAUAAAUAUUGAGGAAAAGACCAGCAAUAAAAUUGUUAAAGAAACGAACGAUUUUACCAUGGGAGAUGUUCCGGUUAUCACUCAAGAUAUUGAAUGCGAAUCUUUCGUUAUUGAUUUAUCGCAUUUGGAACUCCCUUCUGUGGACUAUCUGGAGAAAUAUGAUAUGUAUGACAAUAUUGAGAACUUAGAGUUGUUUUUUGAGGAUGAUGCAUUGCAAGAUGCUGCUGCUGAAAUUCCUGUUGAAGCUGUCAUGACACAUCAGCAGAAUGGGAAUUAGGUGUUUGUACAUUACUUUGUAUUCAUUUAGUUGGUAUUCUGUACUUCAAAUAGAUCCCAAUGCUUUGUUGCAUUUCAGCCAAAAGAUUGCCAAUGCACAGGGUUUUCUUUUGCUUGCAAAUACAACUUGUACCAUAGUAGGACAGAUCCAUUCUUUUAAACAGUCGUGUAUGAGAUAAUCACAGUCUGUGACAUUU